AUCUACGGUUGAGUGUGUUUCUACACAAAACGUCAAUUUGGGCAUGGGAAAUGGUUUAUCCACCAACCUGUAUCUCUGUCUAUAUUUAUGUUAUACGAUAGUCAUUCACGAGCAAGCUAUAACCGUCCAAGAUUUUGGUUUAUCAUUCUCAUCAUAAUAUAAUAGAGAAUUAUAUCAACACAGUGUUCAGUGAGUACUUGUACCAACCACGAUGAAUCGAUAUCCUGGAAUAUUUUUAAUGAUGGUGGUGAUACCAAUGGUCUUCGGAGUACCGUUGUUGAAUCGUGUAAAACGACAGAAUCCAGAAGACACCAAUGAACUGCCAGACAAUUAUCAAGAAAAUCUAGGAGACCAAAAUCAGCCAGACGGACAGUUAGCUGAUAAAAUAAAUGAUGUCCCAGAUGAAUCACCUGAACAGGAAGCAGGUGCUCCAAUGGUUGGUGCUGAUAAUUCACCGUACAGACAAUAUAACAUGGCACCUGGCUACGGUGAUCAGGAAAAAUCAGCCGUUACAGGACAGGAACCAAAUGCACCACAAGAUGUCCCUCCACAGGAAACCAUGGCUCUACCUCUAGACGACGCUUCCAGAUCAGGACAACCUGUAGAUCUAUCUGUGAUACCGGCAUCUGGACAACUCCUCAAUGAUGCCCAAGGGCAAUAUAUAUCUGGAGAUGGUCUAACAAUACCUUCGUCUGGAAAGCCUGCUGUCGAAGGAGAACUAGGGCCCGAACAAGACAUAAACCAAAAUUUGCCAGAUGGACAGAUAGCUGAUCAAAGAUAUCCAACAAAUAAUGUCCCGGAUGAGUCACCUGAACAACAACAACCAGUGGCUUCAAUGGUUGGUGCUGAUAAUUCUCCUUACAGAAAAUAUAACAUGGCACCUGGCUACGGUAAUAAGGAGCAACCAGUCGUCACUGGACAGGAACCAGAUUCAGUACAGGGUGUCCCUCCACCAGGUUCGCCACAAGGUGCACUUUCACAAACAGCCAGAACUGGAACUGUUCCAGGAGUCCCGUCAUCGGGUGAACCUGUGCAGCAUCAAAACCAAAUUUUAGGAGAGUACGAACCUCCUCAAGUCCCAGAAUUAGAAGGUUUGCCACAAAAUCAAUAUGAAGGAAAUAUCAAUUCACCUUAUGUACCACAGGUGCCAGAAGCUGGUGAUGUCAACCAACAAUAUAUUCCGAACGCAGGCCAACAAAUGCCGGGUUCUGGAGAACCUUUGCCUGUACAGCCACAAGCAGAUUCAGAGUCUCCACAAAACCAACAAUAUUAUAAUCCAAUAGCACCUUCUCAAAAUGCUGGUUAUGUCAACCCAGACUUACAACCUCAGGCGGAAUCAGGACUGCCACAAAACCAAAAUCCUGGUGAUCUUAAUCAACAAUAUGACAAUCCAGUAGCACCUUCACAAAAUGCUGGUUAUGUCAACCCAGACUUACAACCUCAGGCGGAAUCAGGACUGCCACAAAACCAAAAUCCUGGUGAUCUUAAUCAACAAUAUUACAAUCCAAUAGCACCUUCUCAAAAUGCUGGUUAUGUCAACCCAGACUUACAACCUCAGGCGGAAUCAGGACUGCCACAAAACCAAAAUCCUGGUGAUCUUAACCAACAAUAUUAUAAUCCAAUAGCACCUUCCCCAAAUGCUGGUUAUGUCAACCCAGACUUACAACCUCAAGAUGCAACAGAUAGUCCAAAUGUCAAUUCGACUAAUCAGAAGACCACGAUAGACUAUGCAUAUACAGGAACUGAAACUCCUGAUUAUUGGGGUUGGCGGGAGAACAAUUAUGGCGACGAUGACCUUUAUCCAAAUCCAGAUGAUUACGACGAUGAUUUGCUUAACCAAUACUAUCCAGAUAAAAGCGAAAAUAGUUACUAUUCGUUCGACCUGUUUGGCAACGGAAAUAAUUUAAACGACGAAAACAAGAACCAACCGAUUGAUAAUGAUGUAUGGGAUUUUGAGAGUAACGGGGAAGAACCUUUCGAUCCAUACGAAAGUUUGGAUGAUGAAAGUUACCAAAAUAUCCUGAAACAAGAAGAAGAAGAUUAUAAAACUUUUGAAGAAAAGUUUGGCGGUGGUAAUGUUCCGCCGAAACCUUUCUCUCCUGGGGAUCGACUACAGCCGGGUAUACACACAAACUGGCAGUUGGAUAAUUCACAUCCGUCAUCGACUACUGUAAACCCACAAGCCGCCAAUAACUUCCUGCUCUAUUGUAUUCCAGCUAUCCUUCUUACACUUAUAAUAUAUGUUGGUUAUACAAAUUGGAUAAGGAAACCCAAGAUUGUAAGAAUACCAAGUGGCAACAACUGGAGGGCCGAGUAUCGUGACAUCGAGGCUAAAAGCAGAGAAAUUGAGCCAAUGUUACGGAAAGCAGAAAUGUAUUAAUUUAUUCUAAAAUACUGAAGAUAUUAUGUCAACAAGAUCUUCAAGAGGUGCAUGUCGCAACUAUUGUCAUUAUCCGGGUAUAUAUACAUUCCCUUUGGAAAGAUAUUGAGUUUUAAGUAUACGUACGGUACCAUAGAAAAACUUGCAUGCAUCAGAACGACCACGACCACUGCAAUAUAAUGUUUCGUCAGAUCAUUUCAAGUCAAAAUUAUAUCACUACGCAGAGAUCGAUUAACUAAUAUUUAAUUAGAACUGCAUCAAUAUUGACUGCAUUCAAAGGCUAUAAUAAUAUAAUAAUUAUUUUAAUUAUAUAAUAAUAAAAUAAUGAUUAUGUGGCAGAAGAAGUGGCAUGUAAAUUUCGCCGAAAUGAGAACUUUCCAAAAUAAUUCUAUUUUCCUAUAUUUUACCAUUAUAAUUUUAGGCGAGUUUUAAUUUAUUUAAGAGUUAUAUGACUGUACAAUAUAAAGC